GGUGGGAACAGCACAAAGCCAAGCUGUCGGUACCUCUCUGCUGUCUCCCCACCGCCUCCCACCCGGACCUCAUGGGCAAGACCAAGCAGCAGGGCAGCUGGCCCAGCUGGGCAAGGCUAGGAGGGGCUGCACCAGCGCUGGAUUAUGAAUCCCAACUUUAUGCCAAAGCUUUCACCCUGUCUCCAGCCCAGCCGCACAAUACCCUUUGCUUCUGCUGUAUCUGCAGGGAGGAAGAGGCUCCCAGGCGCUCCCUGCCAUCUCUGCUUGUGCCAAAAGCCGAGCAAGUCUCAGACACCCUUGGGAGAGCCCAGCCUCCAGUCCCUACGGCACCCAGGAGCCGGCAUGCAGGACACGAGCUGAAUGCUUCAAAUUGAACAGCACACAACUGCCGAGACCUCCCCCUCCCCAGCCCUGAAAGCAGCUGUUGUCCGAACCGACCAGAUUCAGUCAAAGACAGGAUUUUGUUUGACCGUUGUUCAAGGAGGGAAGGGCGGCAUGUGCAGGCUUGCCCAGAUAAAAGAGCACCUGACCAGGCAGCGCGUAGCUGGGGAGGCGCUAAGAAUGAGCUGUUUUUUGUGUGGAUGGGUAGUUACCCGAUAGCGAGGAGAAGGAAUGCAGCUACACUGGUGGCCAUCCGCUGCUGCCAGUGCCACAGCCCACAGGGAAAAACCACAAAUGCUGGGGGGUUUGUACAAUACCCAGCACCAAUGGCUCCGCUUGCAAACAGCCCCACGUGGCUCUGCACGGCACGCAGCGCUCCAAGCACCGAGCGGAGGCUGUUGGGGGGGGGGGGGAGCCUGCAGCCUUUUGGAUGGCUCCGUGGGAUGGGCAGAUCAGUCCCAGCUCCCUUGAAGCAUAAAGUCACUGGUUCAGCUGCAGAAGGCUGCCUGUGAGAUGCACUGAGUGCGUGCAGUGAAGGGUCCAGGGGCUGCUCCAGGGUUACACACCUUCCCGAGCGAUGCUGCGAGGCUCGCGGGGCAGCUCAGCGAGGCUCGGGUCAGACACCUACCUAGUGAAACUCCUGGAAGGGCUCAGCAGCCUUCGCUCACAGAGCAAGCUGUGCCAUGUGACACUGGAGGCGGAAGGGGUUCGCUUUCCAGCCCACAAGAUCAUUUUAGCAUCAGCAAGUAAUUACUGCAAGGUCCUGUUUGUUGGAAACCUGACAAGAGCGGGGAGCCCAGAUGGUCACAUCCAGCUGAAAGCCAUCAGUGCUGCCGGGCUGAGGAAUGUUCUCAACUUCAUUUACUCCAACAAACUAGACCUCUCACUACAGAAUAUUGAGGAGACCUUCAAAGCUGCAGAAACCCUCCUGGUUCGGGAGGUGAUGAAACUGUGCUUUCGCUUUCUGGAGGAUUGCUUGAACUGUGAGAACUGCUUAGAUGUUCUUAACAUCGCUAAAAAACUCGGCCCAGCAGAGCUGAGACAGAAAGCCAUGUGCUACGUAGGGCAGCACUACAAAGAGAUCCUGGCUGAUCCUCAGUGCUUGAAAGACCUGGACCGAGAAACCCUUUGUGAAAUUUUAGACAGGACCGAUGCUGAGGGAUGCAGUGAGCUGGAGCUGUUCCGAGCUGCUGUGAGCUGGCUGCAGCACGACUGCACGCGGCUGAAAGACGCAGCAGAUAUUUUAAGGCGCGUAAGACUCCCCCUCAUUCAUUUACAGGAUCUGCAGAGGUACGUCCAGGAGUUGCCUCUUAUGAGGCUGGAUCCAGGCUGCCGCCGGUACCUGCGGGAAGCUCUGGAUUACCACUCGCAGCUGUAUGCCCAGCCGGUCCUGCAGACCCGGAGCACCAACCUCCGCUCCAGUUCCACCAUGCUGCUCGUGGCCGGUGGCAGAACCGCCGACAACUGCGUGUGCAGAGAGAUGUGGGUCACAGACCAGAGCUGCGGCACCUGGCGCAAGGUCGGGGACCUCUGCGUGCCCCUGUACAACCACUGUGUGGCCGUCAUCAAUGACUUCCUCUUCGUCAUCGGGGGACAGUGCACAUUCGAUCCCAUGGGAAAGCAGCCAUCAAACGAGGUUUUCCGAUUUGAUCCCCGCAACACCUCCUGGCUCCAGGUGGCCAGCAUGCUGGAGAGGCGGACACGCUUCCACGCGGAUGUGCUGACUGAUCGCAUUUUGGCUGUGGGUGGUGGGACGCUGCUAGGGACCCUCACCUGCACCGUGGAAUUGUACCAGCCCACUGACAACAAGUGGGAGUUCACAGCUCCUUUCCCCACACCCAUCGCUGAUCACGCAGGUGCAACUCACAAGGGAAUUCUCUAUAUUUCAGGGGGCUUCUCUGGGGGUAAAACCUUAAGAGACACUUACAGCUACCUCCCUCGCCUCCGACGCUGGAUUGGCAACAGUGCCAUGGCUUUUACCCGCUGCAAUCAUGGGAUGGCCGCAGCCAGGGACAAGAUCUUCUGCAUUGGAGGAAGGACUCUAAAAGGAGUGGAGGAAUGGAUUCACGUCGACGAGACUGAGUAUUACUGCCCCGUAAGCAAUCAGUGGACAACGCUAACGCUACCCCUGUUCAGCUGCUGCCAGUUCAGCAUCACAGCCCAUGACACCACGCUCUACCUCGCAGGAGGUGGGUCCCUGCAGCACAUGAGGAAAGAAGACAGUGUUUUCCUGUACGACACAGAGAAGCAGGUAUGGAAGAAAGCCAGCCGCCUGCCUAAAGCUCUGGUGGAUCAUGCCUCCUGCAUGAUUAAGCUGUCCCCAGUCGAUGCAGCUGGGGAGAUGGGGAGAGGCACAAAGUGCUCCCCCAUGGGCAGGAGGAAGAAAUCUACCCUCAGCUUGUUCCUCACAAAGAAACAAGAGUCCCACUCUACCUCAGAAAAGAAGUAGGAUGGAAACACAUCAGACAGAUCUGACAGCGUUUGCCCAGACAUUAGUUUUAACAGCUCUUGCAGUUGCCAGCCAACAACGCAAGGCUCUACUUACAGGUGCUUCUAGAAAACAGGGUGUUAAAUACAAGACUUCAAACUGAUAUUAACUCACCAACAAGAGCAGCCA